GCCGCCAUGGUGUGCGAGAAGUGUGAGAAGAAACUCGGUACGGUAAUCACUCCCGAUACGUGGAAGGAUGGUGCAAGAAACACGACAGAAAGUGGUGGCCGCAAGUUAAAUGAAAACAAGGCAUUGACCUCAAAGAAAGCAAGGUUUGAUCCUUAUGGAAAGAACAAAUUUGCAAUAUGUCGGAUUUGUAAGAGUUCUGUCCAUCAGCCAGGGUCUCACUAUUGUCAAGGAUGUGCCUAUAAAAAAGGCAUCUGCUCAAUGUGUGGCAAGAAGGUCUUGGAUACGAAGAACUACAAGCAAACUUCUGUCUAAUUGUAUUGACUAGUCUUUUAAUGAACUUCUGUGUCUUUGUACAGUAAUUUUUCUGUAAAAUCAUUUGUGAAUAUUAGUUUCUGGAAGAUAAUACAUUUACUUGGAAUGAGAUGAGAGGUAAAGACAGCCUGAUUGUUUGCCUAGAAAUGUACAUAAUACUUGAUUUUUGUUAUUUUAGCACUAACAUUAACUGAUAUUUAAAGGUAAUGGUUUGCAGCAACUGAUACAGUUCAAAGUGAAUGAGAAGAUCCUAGUGGAUAGGUUGAAACUAUGUUACCAUCAUAACACAGGUCUUUGAAAUUAACACUUUUAUUCUUUUGCCCUAUCUUGAGUCUUCUGCUUGUCUGAUAGUAAUAUUUUAUAGAUGUAUAAAAUAGGAGCUUGUAUCACCUCAUUAAAGUAGUAUCUUCAUUUAGUUCUAUGCUUAUAGGUAUUUGUAAUUACUCUCACCUCAAAUUAUUAUGUCUUGCCCUCUAAGUAUUGCUCUUUGGAUUUUAAUGCAAUUGUCCUGUUGAAUUUUGUUUCUGCCUGCAGUAGGGUUGGUUAAAUCACAGAUUGUUAAACUGCUGAAAUCUGGUGUAUUACUCUGCCAGUUCUUACUUUGGCAGUAAGACUAGCUAUUCCCUUGUUAGCUUCUAAGGAGGCUUUACAUACAGUAUCUGGUGGCCCCAGGCAAUAAAAUAAUGAGCAUAAAUUUCUAAUGCCAGGUCUCAGUCUCAUCAUUACCUAAGGUAGUCUGGCUUUUAAAUACUUGGUUUGAAACUGGCUCUUGAAUUCUAUGCUAUAAUUGCUUAUAUACAUGUCAAAUUUAAAGAUCAGAACAGGCUGCCCUCUCUUCAGCAUUGGUUUGAUACAAGAUUUGAAGUGAGCCUCUCUGAACAUGUGAGGCUGAGCGUGGCUCUGCAUUUCUUUUGUCCUUUGGUUAGUUUCUACAUAAGAAAGCAAUUUCUGUUAUGGAGAGUAAUAAGUGUUCACUGUGCAUGCAUUUUAAGGGAAAAGAAUGGUACCCUUAAUUUAUGGUGGGGUUUUAACUAGACUUAUUUAGUGUUUACUCCUCCCAGCAAUCUCCUCUUGGCAAUCUCUUAUGCUUUUGCAACUUACUUUCAACUGUAACAGAAAAACUAUCAAUGGGAAUUUCUCUGUGAAUAGAUACUCUCUGUUUUAGGUUUCCUUUUGUUCUCUUACCUAUUACUGAGACAACUGCAUGACUAAUGGAGACUGAAAAAUCGCUGUUCUUUCUAUGUGUUAGUGGCAGAAAAUAAACAAUACUGGGGAUAUAGUUAUUCUCUUUGCUCUUAGCUCCUGCCAUGCUGUGGUUGCGCUGUAAGUAGCCCUUUAAAGGGGGUUGCCUGACAUCUGUCACCCUUAACUAUCCAUUAUUAAGCAUUUGUCACCAAAGUUUCUUGUUCCAAAUGUGUUGACAUCCUGCAGUUGCUUAAAUGGUAAUUCUUUUCAGCAUUUUAUAUUUUCUAAGAAGCUUUGUCAGGAUAGUGGAAUGAACUGGGUCCCCCAAAAGAAGAGAGGAAUGCUGCUGCUUUUCAUCUUAAAAGCUUCACCUACUUUAACAAUUGAAUGGAGGUAUGUGGAUUAGCUGGCUGGUGAUAACUGGCAACCUGCAAAGUUAUUUCCACAUGGUUGUGGCCACUGGUUUCCAAACACAUCAAGGAAUUCUAAUAUUAAUGUACAUCUCUAUGGCACAUCCUUUGGAUGGAUGAAAAGAAAAUGUUUAUAAUUGGCUUCAAGUUUUGCAGCAAGUGCUUGUCAGCAGAGUGUGUGGCAAUGUCAGGUGGCAGA